UGCAUACGCCUUCUCUCUACCAGGCCUGUGUUCGGGAGACGGCCCAGACUGCCUGCUGAGAUAUCCUCACUAUGGCAUCCGUCAUUGGCAACAAUUGUGUCCGUCAAAUCGGCCUCUUGCGCAAAGAUCUCGACGCGCUUGCUAAAAACACAUCCACCAACAGCUCCAUCUCUUCUCUGAAGGGCCAAAUUGGCGUCUCCCUUACCUCACUGGGUCGUUUGCUCGACGACUAUGAAUCUCUUGUUAAAGCAGAAACAAAUGAAGCGAAACAAGAUCGUUUGCUCACCCGUCUGAAAGAUCUACGGAAGCAACAUAGUGAGCUGCGGCAAGAAUUCGACAAGGUCGGCAGGCAGCGAGAGGAAGAACAAGCACAUGCAAAUCGUCAGGACUUAUUGGGUCGGCGGCCGCAUGCCAAUGCAACACCAGAUAACCCGUACAGCAAUAGCAGCAGUGGUGCGCAGCAAGCAGGAGGACAGCAGUCCACAUUGUCAAGGCACGAAGGCAACAUGAAGGAAGCAUCAGCUCUCAAUCGGGUAUCUGGCGCGCUGGAUGAGUAUAUCGAAGCUGGGCUCGCCAGUCUGAGCGAUUUGCGCGAUCAAACGGCCACUCUCAAGGGUACUCAAAAACGACUCCGCGAUGUGGCCGUCAAGAUGGGCUUGAGCAGUGAAACAAUUCGCUUCAUUGAGCAACGGACGAAAGGCGAUCGUUACGUCUUUUAUGGUGGCUGCUUCUUGACACUCGUGGCAUUCUUUUUCAUUCUACGGUACUUUGGAUGAAUCUGCUCUUGAUUCGCGAUGAAUGACGAUACCCUUUAUGUUUGCGCAUAGCAUAGCGUUGAUAAUAAGCUUGUGAACAACAAACGGUAAAGUCUUGUGGGUUGCGUCGAGCUGUAGCACAAUCUUGCGUCAAGCUGAGCAGUAGGCCUAUGCUGUAUUGCGAAUAUGGCGCAAGGCUGAGCAAGCCCCCCUUCUCAGACUUUUCUCCAUUGAGCUUGUAUUUGCUGCUGCCAAAGCCCCUGUACACGUGCACCCCUGCGCCUUCAUAUCCAUUUCGCAAAC